UCGGUUAUUUUGGUCGCUUGGUUUUUUAAAUUCUCACAAAAUUAUAUAUAGUAUAUUUUAGAACUGUUUCAAGUAAAAUUAAAAUUUCAUAGGAAAAAUUCAAAAUGUUCUCGCUCAGAUCAUUUGUCAAUCGUGGCAAUUUAUGCAGCUUGGCAAAAUUGCCCUAUGUUCCUGUGCUGCGUAUGAGGUCGAAUGAAUGUGGGGAUAAGUGUGCAGGGGGUAAGAUUAAAAAAAGUAAAAAGCCUUCUCCCUGCGGUACACCAGAAGGUCAGCUAAAGAAAAAGCCGAAGGUAAAUGAAAAGAAAAUCACUAGGCAGCCCUCCGUUUGGCUGAAUCCGUUUUGUGACCAAGAUGACUCGCACUGUCCAUACAAUCCACGAUUCGAUGAUAUCUACUACAUUGAAUCUGACAAGGCGAAUCGCAAGUAUUGGCAAACCUGGGUUGCAUGUCCACCCGUCGCUAUAAAGCCAAAGAAGAUCUGUUGCUUUAAAGAUAUAAAGGCGGCGCCGUUGCGCCGUCGCACGAGUAAAAAACCGAAGACCGCAUGCCCACAGCCAGCCCGCUGUGAUAAGCGUCUUAAUCUGGACUGUCCGCGUGUGAAACGUCGCUGUCAUAGGGCCGGCCGUAUUCCACCCGAUUGCACGCCGUUCAAGCGUCCCCUCGACUGCACCAAGCCAUUAACACCGUAUCCGGCAUUUUCUGAGUGCAAGCGUAUCAAACCCGGUGCUUUGCCUCUGAGCGAGUGCAUUUGUUGGCAGAAGCCGAUGCUCUGCGAGGCUUGGGCUGAGUGGAGACGCCGCAGCAUGAGGAAGACAAUGAGAUAGGAAGCGAGCUCAACAAAAACGUGCUAUAUAAAUAACAAAAUUUGAUGAUUGCCAGUAGCUUCGGCCUUUUGACAAGUUCCUGGUUCGACACGUAGUAUUCGGCUAAUUGCCCAACGAAAUUUAUUUUAAUGGUUAAUUAUUGUAAGUUGCAUUGAGGCCAAAAUAUAUUACUCGACUGCUCAACGGGAAGCUAAACA